CUAUAAGGUGGGUUUCAAAUGCUGCGUUAAUUAUUUUACUCCUUAACUUAGUGACACAUGUAUGCUAAUUUACUAAGCAGCAAGAUAUAUACUUUACCUUUUCAUUCUAGUCCGGGUUUGUCAAUACGCUUAUCUGGCUGUGAAAUGAGCGCAGCAUGCAGUUGCUUAAGUCUCGCUGUCCAGGGAAAUGAAAUAACAGAGGAAUACUGAUUGAAAGGCGUGCAUGGUGUUUGUUAACGCUCGACAUUUCUUUCUCCAGUUUGGUCGGUCUCCGAAAGAGUCAAUAUUUUGUCGCCGAGUUAAUGAUUGCAUAGUAAAUUGAUCACAACCAUGCUUAUCAAGAGCCAAAAAAAAGCGCUGCACAUUACCGGACAAUAAAAUCUAUCUAUAUUUUUAUCCAGAGAGUAUAAAUUUUGCAUUUUAUAUCUUUACUCUAAUGUAGAAACGUGUUCGAUUUCAAAGAAAAUUAUUGCUCAGGCACCAGUCUACAAAUGCAAAUCGCCAAAUCGGGAGUUAUAGUACCAGGUGUUCCUAGCGUAGAGCGAGGAAACUGGGCAUGAGAAUUGCGACAGUUUGAUCUUCGAUGACGAAAAGUAUUCGGAACAGUUCGGUCCACGAAUUCUUUAGCUUGAAAGCUAACCAAAUUAGCAAAGUUUAUGCUAGUUCUCACGAGAUAACCAAUGAGUCAAAUAUGAGUCCAAACUACGAAAACACAGACAAAACUAUGACUACUAACGUAUAACAACCAGUGAUGCUGAGACGAACACCUCAGAUGUUGAAAAUAUCAAGAAUCUUCGUGGACGGGACUCAAACAAUAUGCAACUUUGGAUCAAGAGGAUACUCAACGAAGCAACUUGAAUAAUAAAUAUCUAAGCUCAUGACGAUUAAUGAUUGUGAUCCAUAUUCUAACAAAAGGCCGUAACAUGUAUAUAUCAACAGGCUCUAAAAGCAGAUCAUUUUAUCCCUGUAGCCGUUUGUCACUAAGGCUAAAGCGUUCACGAGUUCUUAUUUCUGUAUUUCUUCGUACUUUCCCGCCACCUUCGUUCAAGGCAUUAGAUAUUAACCUUAAUUGUCUUCCAAUGAUUGGACAGUUGGAUUGGACUCGUAAAUAAUAACCUGUAAAUUUCAACUCGAUCCUCAUUGUGCACGUUGUUGUUUAAUCGUUCUUUAAUCAGCAGCUCCCUGUUAAAUGUUGCUGAAAGAAAUAGCCCUCCGCAACUGACUCUGCACCAAGACACUGAAAAUCAGCUCUUAUUUAAUUACAUUGGCCGCACAUCAGAAGGUUACGUGUAAUUCGGUCGAGAGGCUCAGAGCAGCCUUAAAUUCAAGAAAAUGAAAGGUGGCUCUGAACCCAUCAGAAAGAAUCUUUUUUUGUCUUAAAAACUUGCUUGCCAAUGAUUGGGGAUUUAGCCCUAUCAUUGGUAGUAUAUGCAACAAUCAUUGCAACAUCGCUUAAUAUAGUAUUGUUCCGUUUAUACGAAUACUAAUCCUUAAAAAAAAGUCUCCUAUUAUUUACUGCAAAUACUUCACUAGGCAAAAUGAACAACGAGUACUUAGAGAAGACUGGGCACUAGUGUAGUUUUAAUGAGGUCCGGAUGAUCGUACUUCAAAAUUAAAUUUCAGAACUCUACAUCUGCAACACAGAUUUUGAGCUGUUUUCUGAAGUAGGAAACUUUCAGGAAAACUUAUUUGCCUUGCGGUCUGAACUACAUCAGCAGCUCAAGAUGGCACCACAAUCUAGAACGUUUAUAAACAAGUACAGAAUUAUUCUUGUCGUCGAGUUCAGCAUUCUGUUUUCCAGCUGGAGUUCUUUUCCCUCAGUUGAUCACGUAAGCUGUCGUGCAGUUCGGACUUAUUUUUGUCGCUCAAUUCAGAAUUAUUUUUCAUUUCAAAUUUCAGUCAGACAUCUGGUUGAGAAUUGCGUGUCUCUCUUUUUUAAUCUUAUCUUGUUUUUGGAAUGAUGGAAAUCGUUUCUGGCAAAUUUUCUGUGACCAUAUUGUCGCUAUUUGGUUUGAUUCGUUUUCACGCUGUGUUCAGAGUUGUUUGUAGUUCAAAUGUAAGCGGCUAAGAAAACAACCUUUGAACAAGGUUGAGCAAAAUAUCGUGAUUUGUGGCGAGCAUUUUCGAGACAGCUCUGGUUUUCUUCCUACUAACAACGCAGAGUUUUUCAUUACAUUUUUUACGCGCCCCUUGUUCAUAUCUCAUGCAAGACUGUUUUGAGUGACUUUAUAUCAUCACCGACAACAGAAAAAUGAGCGAAACUGAAUAUACGAAUAAAAAAAAAAGGGAAAAAGUUCGACUGUGGUUGAUCUAAAGUAGCUAAAGAAAACAUUAAAUUUAUGCCAAGAUAGAGAAGAUAUUUCAAGGAUUAAUCUGCAGCAGGUUUUGUCAAAUGAUAAUGUACUUUUUGCUAUGUUCAACAAGAUGGCGCGCUCUCCUCCGGUUAAUUCAAAUAAUAGCUUGUUUCCAUAGAGACAUCAAUAUGUUUUUCGUUUAGAUUAUAACUGCGAAGUCUUCUUAAAUGCCAAAGGUUCACCGGAACCCUUCUCUGGCUUUCUUGAUUAUAAUAGCGCGAUACGUUUUAAAGGACUUUCUUUCCGUAGUUUCUUUCACAUCAUUAAUGGAGCGCUCGAGAGAGCUCAUUUAUUAAAAUUUCACGGAAAUUUAAUCAAAUAUCCCUUCAAAUAAAUAAACGUCUGGCUACGCAAGACAAGCGUAAUAACCAAAACGAUUACGGGACAGCGACACUAUAUUUCGAAAAUCGCAGCAUAAAUAGACCCAGCCGAAACUUUGUACAAAAGCAAAACUGCCUCCAUCCUCACAGCUCUGUUCAAAACAUAGGAAGUAUUAUCGUCUCGAAAAGAUGACUUCCUCUUCUAACACCAAAACAUAAAUAAAUGUAAGAUCACUUUUUUGAUCGUUCGCAUCAUCUGUUCACUAAACUUCCAGCGAGAAAACUUUAAACGGUACGAAAAUUAGCUAAAAAUAUGAAAGAAAGUCUGUAGCAUACCCAUUAAUUUUUUUUUUUUUUUUUUUCUGUUUCCGUUUUCAAAUACCUGAAUUCUCCUUCUGGACUACCAUUCAUGAAAUUUUGUUAUUAUGCAGCUUGACAAAAGUCUCCCAUAUAAGUCGUUAUUGUUAGCUCCGAGGGGUAAAAAAAAGCUCAAAUCGUUAAUGAGAUCCGGCGACUCACUUCGCUAAAUCCGGUAGACAUAAGAGGCUUUCUUCCCACUCGUUACUCUCCAGAUGUCAGACUUAUGCAAUCGGAAUCACGAGCGCUUUCAACAUGAUAAAACCAGAAGCAUUGUGGCUUCGAGGGAAUUGAAUUUUGAAUUAUUGGAGAACGUGUUUCGGCUCUUUGAAGAAAACAGUCUAAUUACAUUCAAGUUCAAGCUAACUUGGUACGAUCAUCGCACAUCUUGUUCGAUUGGAAACUAAUGCACAGAGAAGAUGUUAGAUGGCUUGAUGAAGACAAUGUUAAUCGCUUUCUACGUGGUAUGUCUCGUUUAUUAAGGUAAGAUUUUGAUGAUUUCAUACGAUAUUUUACGAAGGAACGUCCUUUCCUGCCAAAACAAAUUUACAGACAGACGGCUGAACAGGCUUAAUCUUCAAAGGAAACAAUCACCGCAUCAUGUCAGCCGAUAAAAUAAGCUGAUUUAAAGAUCUUCUGCGUUGGUUAGGUCAAUCUUAAAUGUUUUAUUCUAGUCAGCUAAAUGCUCAAUGUUCCAACUGCAGCAACACGCGAAAUAUUAUACCUUGGUCACAAAAGUAUAAAAAGGAAAAACACAAAAUAAUUACAGCUUUACAACAUGCAAAAAAACAAUCCGAUUGAUUAAGGUAGUGUUAUGAUUGUUCGAGAUUUGAGUAGCGCCUCAAGAGAACUUUGAGUAACACGACAAGCAAUAUUUCAUUCGUAUUGAAAUGUUUACAGGAUAAAAAUCAAUCAUUUUCAGGAAGUAUAUGCCAUGUUUUUCCGGUAGAUUUGCGUAAAGUUUCUGUAGAUUAAAUAUACAACGGACACUAAUAAUAUAAAACUCGAGUUUUCCUCAGUAUCUGUAAUCAGUUUCUCUACACUCAAGAGUAUCCCAGCCAUAGAACAUCUGACUAAACUGAACUCAAGACUCAAUAACGGGCACGAUGGGGAAUAAAUAAAAUAUUCUAAACGACGUUGUUUCUUUGUUGUAUGAAGAGCUGCAAGAAAACGUUUUCGUAUCAAAACUAAGUGAAAUUUACUUUGUGAUCUCGCCGACCUUUUUCAAGAUGAUAUUAGACAUUUUCUACACCUAAAUCUUAGGUCAAUGACCCAAACCUUAUUACGGUUUUGUUUUGCAAUACUUCUUUAACGUUAAUAUAUUUAAUACUCUUGGGGGUGGUGAUGACUUGACGGAUAGCAUUUGUAAAGAAAAUCUGCGAAACUGUAUCUGAUUUCAAUAUGGAGCUUGAAGCAUUUUUGAAAUUCUACCUACAUCAACAGUAGCACAUUAAACAUCUUAUUACUGACGAAAUAACUCAAUAUAUGCCACAAAUUUGUAUAUUGAACAUGUUUUCAAUAUUGCAUCGGCGUGGGUCGGAUUUGAAAAGCAUAAACAGAUUACCUGAAAGUACGAAAUGAAAGCACAGUUCUGUGAUGUCAUUAUCGGAUCAGGGACCUGGGCAUAGUGGCGUUACAUUGAAUUAUCUCGUAUAUGUCGCGCAUGUUAUCAACCAAUGACACGUCAGCGGUCUUGAUAAUUUCAAUGUAACGAGUAAACUCUUAAUCUAACAUACACAAUAUAAAGUCCUGUGUAUUCUUUUUUCACAGUACAAUUAAAGAGGCGCUACUAUGAUAGGCAUACUUCGAAAAUUCAGAAUCCACUGCAACGUACAUUUACACGUGGAAAGCUGGAAAGAUUGUUGAAGUUUUGUUUAAAACUGGCAUAUUGGUAGAACUAGGUAGUGCCAUCAUCAUCAGUUACUCAAAAACAAGAGUCCUUGAGUGCAAAACUCUGCCAUUGUGUCUCAGUAAAUCUACUCAAACUGAAGACAAUUUGCUCUCCUUUCUUGACUGUUUCCUAGGUGUGCACGUUGUUUAUGAGUAGCAGUACUCGAACUGUAACCACUGUUUUGAUAACAACAACAAAAAAACAAAAUGGUCGUGACAGUGUUCAUUUAAGGGAAUCAUCAAACCACUCCCAAGCCCUGUACUGUAAGGAAGGCAUCACUCUGCUUCUGUAAUUUGAAGGUUAAAAUUAGCCUCAUUUUCAAAUUGGCACACUUUUAUCAAACAUUAUUCCCACCUUCUCGAUGCGUCUCUGAUCGAUGAAAUUCAACAUUAACCACUGCAUUGUUUCGUUGAUGAUUUGUUGCUGUUGUUGUUGCUGCUGUGGCUGUUGUGGUUGUUGUUGUUUUUAUUAUUAUUAUUGUUGUUGUUGUUGCUGUUGAGGGUGAACCUUAAGAGUCGUUAGAGUUAUUAUUCAGUCAUAAAUUUAAGGAAGUUGAGAGGCUUGCUUAUAGACGUGACAUUGGCACAGGUUAACUGACACGCUCAAUUACCUUAAAAAUACACUCAAACCAUUAUGGCGAUAGCUAUAUUGCCCUUUACGCGGGGGCAAACAUGUACAUGUUUCAAUUUGUAUAUUAAAUUUUAUCAAAACCUCUCCCUAAAACUGUUUGAAAAACUGAUUAAAAAGCAAUCAUGCAGUGAAAGCUGGACCGGAUUACUAUGCUUGACAUAAGCAAUAAAAUAUUUGCGACAGUCAUCGCUGGCGGCGACAGGUUUGCCGCUAAAAGCGGAAAGUGAUCGGGUCAAGCGAAUCUGAUUGUCAGUGUCAUAAUUUUGAAAUAUCACCGUCAUCUAACAACGUCAUAAGACGCGGCGUGAUUGGUCACUGACCUAAGCGAACCUCUUAAUCAUUUCAACGAAUACAGCUUGUAAAAAAGAAUAAUUUAAACUUUCGAAAGCGUUCGAAGCUACCAACGUUGAGAGCGCUAAGUGUAAUGGUGACGCAGAAAAGCUAAAAGCGUUGUUCUUCGCGCUGAAAUCAUCUAAAAAUAUACUAAGACUAGAAGGCGAUCUGACUGAGCUGACAAUGCCUUCUUCUGGCAAAAGUAAGAAGCGUUCCAAUCGAGUUGUGAUAAACGUUGGUGGAGUUCGGCAUGAAACCUUUCUAAGUACAUUAAAAACCAUUCCCGAUACUCGACUCUCUUAUCUUGGAGAACAUCACACAACCGUAGCCCGGACACCGGAGUACGAUGCCUCUAAACAGGAGUACUUCUUCGACAGACACCCAGGCGUUUUUUCGCAGAUCUUGAACUUUUACCGCACAGGAAAACUUCACUGCCCUUCAGACGUCUGUGGCCCGCUGUUUGAGGAAGAACUCGGCUUCUGGGGUAUCGACGAACAACAGGUUGAAACGUGCUGCUGGGAAAAUUACAAACAACACAAAGAAAAACAAGAGAAGCUCAAAAAUUUCAAGCUUCCAGGAUUUGAAGAGAGCCAAGAAGACAAAUUUUUGUCCAAAGAUUCGGGUCUUUUUGAGGAUGUGGAUGAUGUGCACUCGUGGUGGUCUCGAUAUCAGCCCAAGGUCUGGAAGAGCCUUGAGGAACCUUAUACUUCAUUUUGGGCAAAGAUGGUUGGAGUCGUGUCAUUUGUCGCUUUCACAGCCUACAUCAUCAAAUUUUCUUUGUCGACGCUUGAAUAUUUCAGCGACAAAACCGCUCCUCGAUACAUUGCCUUAUCAGUGACCCAUCUCAUCUGCGUAUCAUGGUUCACCAUGGACUUUGCUCUUAGGCUCUUAUUUUCUCCUAAUAAACGAGCCUUCGUAAAGAGCCCCUACACUUGGACGGACCUGAUACCGCUGGUUCUUUUAUACGUGUUCUUUUUCCACCCGUCGUUGGAAAAGAUUCCAUUCUUGGAGAUGCUAGUCAUGUUAAAAGCGGCACGUAUUUUCCAGCUAUUUAAACUGUCUUACGUUCUUCAAGUGCUUGUCAACACUCUUAAGGCGAGCUCCUGUGAGCUGUGCCUGUUACUAGUAUUCAUGGGAUUCGUCAUGGUAGUGUUUGCCAGCUUUGUGUAUUUCCUGGAAAGACACGAGUUUGACAGUGACUUCAAAAGUGUGCCCGAGAGCAUGUGGUGGGCUGUGAUUACCAUGACAACGGUUGGUUACGGCGAGGUAUAUCCUCGCACGUGGAUUGGAAAGACCGUGGGAAGCGCAUGUGCAAUAUGCGGGGUGCUGGUCAUUGCGUUACCAGUAUCAGUGGUCGCAAGUAACUUUUCCCUCUUCUACACCUACGCCAAAGCCAGGCUCAACUUACCACCCAAGAAAAGGCGAGUUGCUUUCUCCCAUGCUCUCACGUCCAUGCACAAUCAGAGAACACAAGGAACACCCGAUGACGGAGCGCAUGCCAAAUUUACGUCACUGUGCAGUGAGAGGCAAACAGAACGAAGCUUUCCCUCCGAGAUCUCGAUAAGUUGUUCGGUUACUCCCAGGGGAAGUUUAAAGAAAUCCUCUUUCUGGUCUCUCCGUUCGAUGUCGAGGUUACUGAGGCCUAAGAAACGAUCCGUAAGCCGAAGCAGAUCAUUGAAUUCGGUGUUUUCAGAUUUCAGGACCCAAAAGAAAAGAUCUACAGAGGGAAUCACCUUGCGAUUCGAGCCGCCCUCUAGGGCGCCGUCGGUGACUGACAUACCAAGGGAUCAAAUGGGAGGUUCGCUACCAGAUGAAAACGCCUUACUUCACGUGCCAAUGGGAUCCAAAAGAAAAAUUUCAGCUAAAGAAACUGCGAAAGAAAUCCAUCGGACCCCGCUGAUAAACAAAUCGCUUUACCCACUACACCUCAGACGCGGCGCCGUGUCACCAGCGUCUUUCAGCCUCAAGAGCGCGUCCACGGCGUCUAGCUUAAACGCCUUGCCGCGAGGCUACAAUGAGCUAUACAACGCCUUGAACAGUAAAGGACCGAUAAUUCUUCUGUCGGAUCAAGCCAGUGUGCAGAGCCUGUGUUCGAUAAAUUCCCGAAUGACUUGUUCAUGCUCGAGUUUGAGAACCGCGGGUAGUGAUGGGCUUGCUAAUACCGACGGGAAUCGAACACGGUUAGGGAGUGAUGGUAGUUUAGUGUACAGCCCGACAGAAAAGGUUGACGGGACUCAAGUAACUCUAAGCGUCCCCGUUGAGUGUCACAGGAAACGGAAAGACAGCAGCGAGAGUCGCACUGGUACAAAAGGGACCGAGAACAGUCACAGUCUGCCAGCGACGAAAAAGGGAAAACGCGAAAACGACGCGACUGAUUACAGUAAUGACAGAAAUGAAACUGAGUUUAAGCCUGUAGAAUUCGUGACGCUACCACAUGAAGCGGAAGCCGGCAACAGAGGAAAACGUGACGGGAAGCUUGUAAAUUCACAGGUAGAUCAUGGAGAAAAUGCAAGUCAUGGACAUAGUAGGAAGAAUGAAAAUAUUGUAGCUGACAAUCAAAACGUCAAUCAAAGUCAGCAUUACCAGGAAACAAUGAGCGAAACUACACCAAAUGAGGAUAAUUCACCAAGUGAAUUUACCAUUCCACAAGCAAAUACCCCGUUUGAAAAAGGAGACGAUUUCAAAUUACCUGUUAAACCUGUUCCUGUAAUGGGUAGGGCUGUAUCAGCUUAUUCCAUCAUGGAAUACAAUAUUGGUAAAAAUAUGUCACCUAGAAACGGCGAGAAUCAAGCCGUGCAUAGCAACUCUAAAGUGUUUGACUGUAAAAGUGAAAAUGGCCCUAAACGUCGACGACACAGUGCCUUCACGACGUGUCAUGACAAUAACGCUUCCUUGGUGAACCGACGAAGGGGUCGUCUGAGUACAGGUUGCAUGAAGGAACACGUGACCGAGUGCGAACCGCUGAUCAACGGAAGUGUAGUGCAGGCUCACCCUUGUGAGGAGCUUGAUGGGGACAAGGAGGAAGAAGAUAUUUUUAUCUUUCAAAGCGAUCAAAAUUUUCAAAGCGGGAAAAGACUCCGAAAGAUCGGGACAAGUGACUCCCCGCCAGGUUUCAUUCAAGAAAAGCAUCCCUCGUGGAAUAACAACACAAAUACGGAGGGUAACCAUGGUGAUGAGGACUUGAAUGAUGAAACCGGGAUUCAACCUUGUUCGGAAUCACUCAACAAUGAUUCCGCGUGUAGCAAGCUUCCCAGUAUAAAAAUUCAACAUGACAAUUCCUCUGAGCACGUAAGGACAUCCCGCGUUUGAUAUAUCCCAUAACUUAGAGACAGUCAACAUGAAAUUGUUUUAACCAUUUAUAUAUAUCGUAUUCUAGCCUUGUUUCCAACUGGCUAGUUUUUUAAGGAACUGACAAUUAAAAAACUUCGUGUUUUAAACUAAGUCAAGCAGAACGGUAAUGGAUCUUUUUACCGAUGUUACGCAAUAUCAACAAUUUUUCAUACUUUUCAUUUUUUAGAAUGAAAAGCACGAAGAAUUGAUAGUAUUGCGUAAAAACAACAAACAAAAAAACCUCCAUAGAUCCCAUAUUCGUAUUCUCAUUGCUGGACUGUAGCUUGUAAUGAAGGCUCAUACGGGGAAAUGUCAUUAAAAAGAUAUAAACGUCAUUUGCAUUUAACAAGACUCCCCGUAUAUUAGCCUCAGUUGCACGCUAGUUCCAGUCCAAUGCCGGGAAUACGAAUAUGCCCUAUUUAGUGAAUAAGCGAAGUUUUAUAGGAAUCCGCUGCAAGGUCGUGAAAAUACGGGACCCUAAACUUGCAAAUUUUUACAAAGAAACGUAUGCCAGGGGGCAGUGUCAGAAUUUUUGGUUGAAUGAAAAGCGUCCUUGGUUUUCUUAGCGCACCGCGCUGGGCGCAGAUUUCAAAAUAACUACGGCUGAAUGUCGUCCAGCUUUAAUUUUUUCAUACCUUCUUGAUGAAUCCAUACUCAGUGUUUUGAGUCAUACGUCAAACUCUUCGACAACGCACCGUCAUGUUACAACGGUGUGAUGUGACGUCACAGACACUGUGAGGUCACAGUCCAAAAGUGCUUCCCGUCUGUGCUAACAGCAUCU